UAUAAAAUGGCGAUAGUAUCAAAUAGUGAAGUAAUAUAAAGUGAUUUUUUUCCUGAAAAUUUAAUUAGUAUGUAGCAUGGAGAAUUAAUUAAUCAAUAAAUUAUGGAUUCAGAACAUCUCAAACCCUCUUCCAGUGACAAAUACGAUAUGAGUGAAACUGAGGAAGUUGAUACCUCAACAUCAGAUGACAAUGAACGUCCUUCUGGCGAAAGAUGGGCCCCAGUUGGAGCUAAUGAUGGUGAUAAUGAAUUUAUUGAUGAAUACAAAUGUGCAACCACUACAGAAUGUCAUUCAUAUGAUACUGACAGACUUAAAAUGCUGGAAGAGGAACAAGAAGUACUUAAUUCAUCUUUAAUUGCACUAACAACACACUUUGCCCAGGUACAAUUUCGUCUUCGUCAAAUAGUUGAUGCUCCAACAGAAGAGAAGGAAAAUUUACUAAAAGAGUUGGAAGAAUUUGCAUUUCGUGGUAUACCUGAUGUCUCAAAUAUUUUAACGAUUAAAAGGAGAUCAUCUUCUGCAUCUUCAGAGAGAUAUUGUAAUAGUUACAAUCAAUUAGAUGAUGUUGAAGAAGAAGCUAAAAUAGCUCAGCAACGAAUAAAACAACGGGAAUUGAUUAAUCAAUUAAAAACACAAUUGGAGGACUUGGAACGCUAUGCUUAUGAAACAGAUGGUCAAGAUCUACCUCAGAGUGUUAUUCUCGAACGGCAGAAUUUAAUUAUCAAUCAUCUGAAGGAAAAAUUAAAUUUUAAUGUCGAUGAUUUAUGCAAGUUGUCUAUUGAUGAUUUACGAUGGCAAGUGGAUCAUGCUAUCAACGAGAUUGUGAGUCCUUUGAAAAUGAAAGAGCAUUUAGUAAACCAACUGAAAACCCAAGUUAACGACCUGGAGCGAUUUAUUCACUACCUGCAAGGCGAGAUAAGCACGGAAACAUUGGCAUGCACUUGUGCCUGUCCUGUGCAUACAAAUGGCGGUGGAGUGUCUAGUAAAUCCAAGAAAUGUAGUCAAGAAGCUGAACAGAGUGGUGCUAAAAAUAUGGCGACAUUCAAUACCGUAAAAAAAGUCAUUACUCUGCUGCAUCUGUAUUUGGUUUCUCAACUAGGUUGUGGUAGUGAUCGGCUUCGAAGAGAUUUAAAGAAAAAUUCAACAGUUCCAGCUUGGAGAGAUCUCAGAACGCGAUUGGAUAUCGCAGUAGAACAUGUGAUUGAAAGCGCUGUUGAGUUUGGGUGUGAUGAUGAUAAUGUAUUUGAAAGUGUUUAUGGAUCUGAUUCGGAAUCAGUGAAGAUUCAUUCGAGUGCUAGACUAACGACAGCAGUGAGGAAACAUCUAGCUAUUUGUAUACGAGACUUGAUGCAACAUGGCUUGAUGGCUGAUGUUAGCUCUAGUACCAGCGUUGUGCCAUUUAUUGGAUGUUUUCCUCAACGAAAAACUGUCUCAAGUCAUACUAUGCACGCUUGGGAACUUAUUGUCAAGUAUUAUGAAAUAAAAAAUGGCCAUUUAUACAUUUCUAGUCCAGCUCAAAAAUUGUCACAGAGCUUUAAUUUAGAUCUGGUCAGCGAAAAAAAUUUAUCACCAAAGCAAAGUUUAUUAAUCACUAUUGGAAAUAUCAUCGCUACACAUACACUUUACAAAAGAAGUUACAAUGCUCAUUUCAAAGCUUUCGUUUGUGCUGCACUAAAUGCUAAUAAAUUGGUUAUAUGGCUAAGACUCGUAUUACAAUGCCAAUAUCUACUAGAAAAUCACUACACGUCAUGGAGUUAUGUUGUUAAAACUGGAUUUCAAGAUGCUUUUCACACUCUAGACCGUUUAACAACAAUCCAUUUCGAUCUUCCUGUCGAUUUAGCAGUGCAACAAUUUCAAAAUAUUAAAGACGCUUUUUGAUAGUAUUUUACAUAUUAUCAUUCCAUUUUUUUUUUUAGAUCUGAAUCAUUAGUCAUUAAUUGAAAAGAAUUUUUUUCUCUUAAAAAGCUCUAAUUGUACAAAAUAUUAGUUAUUUUAUUUUUAUUUAUACUCGUUUUAUUUACAAUACAUUUUGAAUUAGAUAUAAUAACUUAACACAUCAUCAUUGUUGAAUAUAUACAAGAGUUUAAUUAUUAAUAAUUAUUACU